AUGUACACAACAUGGCGCUUUCAUGGGGAAAGUUUAGAAGCAGCACGUAACACUAUAACUGAAUAUGUAUCCGAUAAUGAUGUCACAGUAGUUUUGAAUGAGAGUAUUACAGCAGAUGUGGAUGAAAAUGUUAGGGCAGGGAUGGAUGAGAAUGGAGAAGCAGGUGUUGAUGAGAAUGCAGAAGCAGGUGUUGAUGUGAAUGUUGGAACCAACAGGUGUUAUCAGAAAAAGAAGUCAGCGACUGAGCAGGCAAGAGAACCAUUAUAUCCUUCAUGUCCUAAAGGAAAGUCGGCAAUGUACGCUGCGAUUAUGGUGAACAACAUAAAGACUCAGUUUGGAAUUUCAGAAAACGGUGUUACAGCAAUGUUAGAGUUGAUGAAAGAGUUGUUUCCCGAAGGUAACACCCUUCCAUCCAAGUUUCCAGAUAUCAAGAAGAUUAUUAAAGAGCUGGGGAUGGACUAUGUCACUUAUGAUGCUUGUAUAAAUGACUGUGUACUUUAUUGGAAGGAUAAUAGUUCAUUGGUGAAAUGUCCGAAGACUUUAAGGCAUUUUCCAAUAAUUGCAAGGCUGAAAAUACUUUACAGUAUAUCAUGGAUAGCAGAGGUGAUGCUUUGGCAUUCUAGAGCACAGAAAGAUGUCAAUAUAAUGCGUCAUCCAGUUGAUUCUACAGCUUGGCGGUGUGCGGAUAACUUUUGUCCUGAAUUUUCUAAGGAAGCACGAAAUGUUACUCUUGGGAUAGCAACUGUUGGCUUCAAUCCAAAUGGAUGCCCAAGAGCACCAGGUAAAGACAUUGAUGUGUACUUACAACCAUUGAUAGAGGAUUUGAAAGAGUUAUGGAAUGAUGGUGUUACGACAUUCAACAGCUUCACAAAGUCUGAAUUUCUGUUGAAGGCAAGGUUGUUAUGGGCCAUUUAUGAUUUUCCGGCAUUAGGGACUCUGUAUGGAUGUGUGACUCAUGGAUAUUAUGCGUGUCCUACCUGUGGUGAAGAAACAGUUUCUGAGUGGAUGCCGUAUAGUAAGAAAAUAUGUUAUAUGGGAAAUCGAAGAUGGCUGCCAUCCAAACACAAGUACAGAGAUGACAAGACAAACUUUAGUGGAGGGGUAGAACAUGGUAAAGCUCCAUGGCCACUAACAGGAUUGCAAAUUCAAUAA